CUUAAGCUCCACCUCUGAGUGGCGCCUUCUAAGCGCGUUCUUCCGCCCACUUCCCCCUCUUCUCUUUUUUUCUGCCAUUGUGGUGUGUGCGCUGUAUUCGGUUCCUCGCCAUGUCUUCUCACAAGACUUUCAGAAUCAAGCGAUUUUUGGCCAAGAAACAAAAGCAAAAUCGUCCCAUUCCCCAGUGGAUUCGAAUGAAAACUGGUAAUAAAAUCAGGUACAAUUCCAAGAGGAGACAUUGGAGGAGAACCAAGCUGGGUCUAUAAGGAAUUACAUGAAAUGGCACACAUAUUUAUGCUGUAUCAAGACUGUGGUUGAUCAUCUUGUCAUGUCUGCAUUAUCAGGACAGUUGGGAAGAAUUAACUGGGAAUAUGAGCUUUGUUACAAAGGGGCUAUAGUACUGGUUUUGUUUGGUUCGGUAAUAAAUAUGUGAAACAUUUGAAAUGCU